UUCACUCUCUUCACUCUCUUUAGUUCCUUCUUCGUUUUUGGAAGUCUUUCACUUUACAAAACCAUAAUAAAACUUUAAUACUUCUCAAUCUCCCUAUAACUCUCAGAUCACUAUGGUCUAGAUACUUUUUCCUGAAGACCAGAUUUAAUUUGUUGCUCCAAAGCAUAGUAAUUAAAAGCAAGUUGCGCUGCUUUUGCUGGUUGCGAGAGAAAGAUCAAAAUAAUGGAAGUUGCGAGUCAAGAAGAACAUGACAUGCCUAUUCCAAUUAACACUACUCAUGGUGGGCAUGGACACAUGAUACACCGUCAUCAUGAUCAUCGCCAUCAUAAUCCUGCCAAUUCUACUCAUCCAAACCCACUAAUAGUCCUCUCAAAUGGUAAUGGUUUUAGGCAAAACCAUGACGAUCCUGAUCAUCACAAUGUGGGCUACAACAUCAUGAUCAGCAACAACAAGGAGAAGCAUGUGGUUAACAAGUACAAGGAAUGUUUGAAGAACCAUGCAGCUUCCACGGGAGGCCAUGCUAUUGAUGGUUGUGGAGAGUUUAUGCCAAGUGGUGAAGAAGGUUCCAUAGAAGCUCUCACUUGCUCAGCUUGUCACUGCCAUAGAAACUUCCAUAGAAGAGAAAUAGAAGGCGAAGAUAAGACCUACUUUUCCCCUUACCACCACAACCAACCACAGAGAAAUCCCAUGUUCCAUCACCACCACAAGAUGACCAGAUCACCGCUACCACAGCAAAUGAUCAUGCCACUUGGCGUUGCAACAACAACUGUAUCAAACUCAGAGUCAGAAGAAGACAUACCAUUUCAGCAGCCACCACCGCCGUACAAUCACGGUGGACAUAAUCAAAAGAAGAGGCUUAGGACAAAGUUUACUCAGGAGCAGAAAGAGAAGAUGCUGAGUUUUGCGGAGAGGAUUGGUUGGAAGAUGCAGAGACAAGAGGAAUCUGUUGUUCAGAAGUUUUGUCAAGAGAUUGGAGUUAGGAGAAGAGUUCUUAAAGUCUGGAUUCAUAACAACAAACACAAUCUAUCCAAGAAGAGCAAUAAUAACAAUGUCGAGAUUUCUGCUGGUAACAACGACAUCAAUAAAGCUCUUACUGGAAAUCGUGCUUCUAGUUCUUAAUUAGUUUACCUUGAGAUGAUUGUUAUUAUCUAUGUUUUCUUAAUGUAAGCACCUUAUGGUUAAUAUUUUAACUCUAUUGUUCGCUGUUAAUCAUUAGACUUUGUAGCU